GUGUUUCUUCAUCUUAGCUGGUGAAGCAUGGGGGAAAUAGAAGGGACAUACAGAGUCCUGCAGGCUGCAGGGACACGCUUAAGCACCCAGACUCCCGUGGGAGUUAGCACCCUGGAGCCUGGGCAGACCCUGUCACCUCGAGUGCAGGAGAAGCACGUGCACACCAGAGUGAAGCUGCUGGACAACACCGUAGAAGUAUUUGACGUUGAGCCCAAAUGGGAUGGACACGUACUACUGACACAAGUUUGGAAGCGUUUGAACCUGUUAGAGUGUGACUACUUCGGGCUGGAGUUUCAGAACAUCCGAUGCUGCUGGAUUUGGCUUGAACCCAUGAAACCCAUCAUUAGGCAAAUACGAAGGCCAAAGAAUACAGUGCUUCGCCUGGCAGUAAAAUUCUUCCCACCUGAUCCUGGUCAGCUGCAGGAAGAGUACACAAGGUACUUGUUUGCCUUGCAACUUAAGAGAGAUCUGCUGGAGCAGCGUUUAACCUGUGCUGAAACCACAGCAGCCCUGCUCACGUCCCAUCUUCUGCAGUCUGAAAUAGGAGAUUAUGAUGAAACGCUGGAUCGAGAGCACCUCAAAGCCAAUGAGUAUUUGCCCAGCCAGGAGCGCUCUCUCGAGAAGAUACUAGAAUUCCACCAGAAGCAUGUGGGCCAGACGCCUGCUGAGUCAGAUUUCCAGGUGCUUGAAAUUGCUCGCAAGUUGGAAAUGUAUGGCAUCAGAUUCCACACAGCUUCUGACAGAGAAGGCGCCAAGAUCAACCUGGCGGUUUCCCACAUGGGUGUCCUUGUGUUCCAGGGGACCACCAAAAUCAACACCUUCAACUGGUCUAAGGUUCGUAAACUAAGCUUCAAGAGGAAACGGUUUCUUAUCAAACUCCAUCCAGAGGUUCAUUCCAUUGGAGGGCCAGACUGCGGGCCCCAGGACAAGUCCACUGCUAAGCAGGACAGGCAGCAGCAGCAAAAACACCCAGAUAAAUGUCCUCAUGGAAGAACUCAGAGACAACUAGUAGAUUAUUUCAAAGAUGGUGGAACAAAGAGAAUUCCUUAUGAAAGAAGGCACAGCAAGACUCCGAUGUCUGUCCGUGCACUGACUGCAGAGGUGCCAAAACAGAACAUCUCGUUUAUGGAAGGAUUGAGGACUUCUGCCUCCCCAUCUUCAGCAAAUGCCUCCUUUUACUCACUCCCUGCCUCCCCCUUGACUCCUGCCAGCCUGCCCAGUGUCGAGGACACCAGCAACUCCUGCACAGACCUCCGGGGCCCCCACACCAGGAGUCCGACUGCAGGGAUGAGCAGUGGAGCCCUGGCCAGAGGCCCCGAUGUGCACUCCGCCCCGGCCCCCAGACCCCCCACGCUGCAGCCUGGUUCAGGCCUUUCCGAGGAUAAUCCUCAGCCUUCUCCCUCCAGCCAGAAGAGCCCCCUGAGCCUGAGCCCUGUGUUCCAGGUGACUCUGGGCCCAGCGGAGCAGGGCCCACGUCCACUCCUGAGCCAUGUCCUCAGCGACGCUGGCAGAGCCAGAGUGGACGACGAGGAGGAGCCAAAACCCAAGCUCAUGUCUGCGGACGAGGCCUAUUUCAUAGCAAAGGAGAUUCUUGCUACAGAACGAACAUAUGUGAAAGAUUUAGAAGUUAUUACUGUGUGGUUCCGCAGUGCAGUGGUCAAGGAGGAUGCCAUGCCUGCAGCACUGAUGACCCUGCUCUUCUCCAACAUGGACCCCAUCUACGAGUUCCACAGAGGCUUCCUGUGUGAGGUGGAGGAGAGGCUGGCGCUCUGGGAAGGGCCCUCAGAUGCCCAUGCCAAAGGCGGUCACCAGCGAAUCGGGGACAUCCUGCUCAGGAGCAUGCAGCAGUUAAAGGAAUUUACCAGCUAUUUCCAAAGACACGAUGAAGUUCUGACAGAACUGGAAAAGGCCACCAAACGCUUUAGGAAGCUGGAGGCUGUGUACAAGGAGUUUGAGCUCCAGAAGGUGUGCUACCUGCCACUGAACGCAUUCCUGCUGAAGCCCACCCAGCGCCUGGUGCACUACCGCCUACUGCUGAGCCGGCUGUGCCAGCACCACACCCCUGGGCACCCCGACUAUGCCGACUGCCAUGAUGCCCUCCAAGCCAUCACAGAGGUGACCUGCACACUCCAGCACAGCCUUGCCCGGCUAGAGAACCUCCAGAAGCUAAUGGAGCUGCAGCGGGACCUUGUGGGCAUAGAGAAUCUCAUUGCUCCCAGCAGGGAGUUCAUCCGCGAGGGCUGCCUGCACAAGCUCACCAGGAAGGGCCUGCAGCAGAGGAUGUUCUUUCUGUUCUCAGAUAUGCUGCUGUACACAAGCAGAAGUGCCUCAGGGACCAGCUGCUUCCAUAUCCGGGGUCUCCUUCCACUCCGAGGCAUGCUGGUGGAAGAAAGCGAGAGUGAGUGGUCAGCUCCACACUGCUUCACUAUCUAUGCAGCUCAGAAGACAAUCGUGGUGGCAGCCAGCACUCGGCUGGAGAAGGAGAAGUGGAUGCUUGACUUGAAUACUGCAAUCCAAGCAGCCAAGGGCAGCAGCGACAAGGCCCCUGCACUGCCAGGCAGGGCUGCAUGUGUCCCCACCCCCAGACCCUCUGACCAAGCUUCUCUGGAAGAGUCAGAAGAAGGUGCCCAGGGCACUCACAGCUCCCUGGAGAGGCAGGGCCAGCACCGGGCCAACACCACCAUGCACGUGUGCUGGUACCGGAACACCAGCGUGUCCAGAGCGGACCACAGCACAGCUGUCGAGGUACAGCAAGCUCCCUGUUGUCAGAGCUAGGCCUCAGCAAAAGUUCUUAAACUUUCUUAGAUCUACUGAGAAAGCAGUGGCUGGCAGCAGCUCUGGGUGGUCUUUACCAACUGUGUGUUUGUUUUCUCUGUCUUGCAGGACAACUGCCCCCUGGCCAGCCUCCCGUUGCUGGGCUAUAGCGUGAGUUUCCCGAGGGAGGCCGAUGAUAUCCACAAAGACUAUGUCUUCAAACUCCAGUUCAAAUCCCACAUCUACUUCUUCCGGGCUGAGAGCAAGUACACUUUCGAGAGGUGGGUGGAGGUGAUUCAGAGGGCCAGCAGCUCACCAGGAAGACCCCAGAACCUAGAGGGCCAGGAGGAAUGAAGCUCAUCCUGCCCAGAGAGGACAUACCACAUAACAGUGGGGUAUGAAGCAGCCAUCAUCAUCCUCAGACCAAGCUGAAGAACUGCAGGAGACAGCUAUGUCCCCCCCCCCCGCCCCCCAGUCAGGUCUGCUGGGCACUGACAGUGACAUCUGGGGCCAUAGCUCUCUGGGGCACUGAGGAGAAGCAGGUCUCAAGCUUGGUGCUGCAGGCCCCUGGCCUAGGAUAAAACUGAGGCAGAUGGCACCCGCUAGCCCUACAGUGCCUGCCACUCCUACCCUCCCCUCUAUAGGUCCCAGACCUACAACGUACCCAUUGGCCUGUAGGUCGCCACUCAUUGAGUCUGGAGAAGCAGAAGCGUGCAUCCCUGUGUGGCCCCUGGAAGGAUGGGGGCCUCGUAUUCAUUAGCAUCCCCAUGUUCCCUCCGGUGGGGAGCUAACAUGUGACCCUUUGUUCCCACCUGUCUAAAAAUAAACAGCAUCUGCCCACCA